AUGGGCGGCAACACGAUCUCGGUUGUGCUGCACGGCAACCACGGCACCUGCCGCACCAACACCAAGAUGUCGUGUGUGGCGUUUGGUGGCCAAGUGACCAACUACAUUGGCGCGCAAACCUGCGUCAAGGCCGUGCCAACCUGCGACGCGGUGUGCUGCCGCGACUUGUACAGCGGAUCGUGGACACGAACGCGGUAG